AUGCUUAAAUAUUUAGAGCUGGUGGAAGACAUCCUCCGCCGCCUCCCCGUGAAAUCCCUCAAGCGCUUCCGCGCCGUGGCGCGGUCGUGGCAAUCCCUGAUCGACAGCGAGCCCUUCGCCAAAUCCCACCUCCGCCGCUCCCUAUCCACCGCCUCCAACCGCCACCUCCUCAUCGGCCUCAAGAACCUCGCUGUCGAUCUGGGCCAUCCCGACCGCGCCGCCCCCCUCCGCCCGCCGUUCUGCUACAGAACCUCCGAUGGGUUCUCCAAUUCUUGCAACGGCGUGGUCCUCGUCAUGUGUGACCCGCCCGUUCUGUACAACCCUUUCUCGAGGGACCACAGGGUGCUCCCCAGCUGCCCCAUCGAGCACCGGGCCCCACCGGAAUGCUACCCGCACACCGUAUACGGGUUCGGGUACGACCCGGCUGCCGACGAUUACAAGGUGGUUAGGGUUAUUGAGUUCCGACACGAAGGGAGCUACGCGUGGGUAUCAUCGGAGGCUAGGGUUUAUAGUCUCCGGUCAAAUUGCUGGCGGAGGAUUGAAGAUUUCCCUUACCCACUCCCAUUUCUUGACUGGUUCCCAUUUCUUGACUGGUUCUGGCGGGUGCACGUCAGCGGAUCCCUUCAUACACUCGUCUUGGAUCCCCAUGAAAAUGACGGUGGUAAAAUCAUGGCUUUUAGUGUCCAAACCGAGAAGCAUUCUCCGAUGAAGCUGCCGCCAGGUGUCCGAAUGUGGGGUUCCCACGUCGAUCUCUACGUUUUGGACAGCUUUCUUUCGGUGGUUCAUCGUAAAAAGUAUAGCAAGAUUGAUAUUUGGGUGAUGAAGGAAUAUGGGUUGAGUGAAUCUUGGACUAAAGUGGUGGCCGUUGGCCCUCCGCCGAUCGACCGGCGAGAUUUUCUUAGCCCGUUGGUUUAUUCGCCGGACGGCGAUAAAGUCUUGUUGAGCUGCAAUGAUUUUAAGCUCGUUUGGUUCGAUUCGAAGGAAAAGAGUGUUUGUGAUGUUGAUCGUGGCAUUAGAGGGCUUAAGAAGAAUUGCAUGUAG